UACAACUCCAAGGUCUCUUCAGGGUAAAACAUCCUUCUUAUAUGAUUGCAGUUUUAGCUUCAGCUUCUUCAGUGGAAACACAGAGUGAAGGAAAGAGGAAGGAAAGAGCCAUCGGAGCCGUCAGAUCAACGCCUGAGACAACAAAGAUGGGUCGCCUGUCCUUGAUGAUGUUUUCUCUGGCCGUGUUGCUGUUUGCUGCAAACAGUUUAGAGCCUGUGAACGAAGCCCUGCUAGAAGAUCUAGUUCCACAAAUCUUGAAUCGCUGCCUUGGUCAAUGGAACGGCCCCAUGUACAGUCUGGCUGUAAGAAUCCCACUCAACAGUGAAACUAAUAUGUAUGAUAUCAACCAAGUAACUGAUGCUGCCGACGAAAUACAGAAGAAAAUCUUAAAAUCUGAGGUGUACACUGGAACAAGGGUUGUGGCGGCCACAGCUGCUCCUGGAGAGCAUGCAGAGUAUCGUACUCUGCAGAACUUGAACACCAUACUCAAUAAUCGAAAUACAGAAAAUGACCUGUUGUUUAUUUAUGUCUAUGCUUCUCCAUGUGCUACGAGAUGUACAAACAUCAGGAAUAAGGGUAAUAUUCUGGAUCUCUUAAAAGGCUAUAAAAAAUAUAAGCCUGUCUUUGUGUUUUCUAAAAUAUUCAAGCCUCUUGGCAUUCGAGCUGAGGAUUCUGCAGAGGAUCCGCAGGUCGCUCUGAGGAACCUGGGGGGAGCAAUCGGUCUGCAGAGCAUAUUUCGUUGUGAUAAAGUGAAUUAUAUAAUGAGAUGUGUAAACUGUAAGAGCAAUGGAAAUGUUGCUGGGUGGUGUUAUGAUGAUAAUCAACCACCAGCCUAAAAAGGCAGGGAGUAGAUAGAUGGGGCUCCCAUGAUUCAUUACAUGAACUUUAGCUUUGCAGGAACAUGAGAUUUAUUCUUAAAAUAAUAUCUAAGUAUUUGUUAGUCAACUGAGUCCAUGUAGCUUAUUUGAAUCUAACCCAAGCAAUUAGAGAUUAACUGAUUUCACUGACCAAGAAAUGAUGAUGAAAACUGUAUUUUGUAUUUAUUCAGGUCAUUUUUGUGUGUUUUUAAAGUUUGUUUCAUAAUC